AUGUUAGUCCAUAACUCUUAUAAUGGGUUGUGUGGUACCACUCGCACACUCAUUGAUGCAGCAGCUGGUGGGGCAUUUAUGAGGAAGAGCGCCAAUGAGGUGUAUGAUUUGUUAGAAGAAAUGGCCAUUAACAAUCAACAGUGGCCUAGUGAAAGAGGUAACUCGAAGAAAGUGGCUGGUUUGCAUGAGAUUGAUGCAAUAUCUAAGUUAACUGCUCAAGUUGAGGCUUUGACUAAACAGAUGCAAGGCAGUACAAUGGCAACCCCCGUGAUGCAAGCUCAAACUAUGUGUGAAUUAUGUGGGGGUCCUCAUGCUUAUGAAAAAUGUCAGUACACGGAUGUCAAUAAUAUGCCAUUGGAACAAGCUCAAGCCAUUGGGAAUUUUCCUCGUCAAAACAAUAACAAUUCUUAUUCAAAUUUCUAUAACCAGGGUUGGAGGAAUCACCCUAAUUUUUCUUGGAAGAAUGACCAACAAGGCCAGUCUUCAGUUCAGCCGUCACAUCAACCAUUUCAGCAGCCACCUCCUGGGUUUUACCAACCGCCCAUGCGACAACAACAGAAUCCUAUGAGACAGCCUGAUACUCAAUCUGAUGUUCUUAAUCAAUUCAUGACUGAAACACGGUCUUCUAUUAGAAAUUUGGAGAACCAGAUUGGGCAAUUGGCUACUCUUAUGGAAAACCGUGCUCAAGGUAACCUUCCUAGCACCACUGAAGUCAAUCCAAAAGAAGAGUGCCAGGCUAUUACAUUGAGAAGUGGGAAGAAAUAUGAAGAGCCUAGUGUGGAGCAGUCAGAUGAAGACAAGGUUCAGGAUCAACAAGCACAGGGCACAGUGGAAAAGAAGCAAGGUGAAAACAAGGUUACUGAAUACCUCCCAACCAAAGAAGCUACACCACAAGUGAGCAUAGAUCACCACAUCAAGAUUCCCUACCCACAAAGGCUCCGCAAGAACAACCUUGAUAAGCAAUUCUCAAAGUUCCUUGAAAUAUUCAAGAAACUACAUAUCAAUAUCCCAUUUGCGGAGGCCUUGGAGCAAAUGCCAAGGUAUGUUAAGUUCAUGAAGGAUAUUUUGGCCAAGAAAAGGAAGUUGGAGGAAUAUGAGACAGUGGCACUUACUGAGGAGUGCAGUGCAAUCUUGCAGAUGAAACUACCUCCCAAGCUUAAAGAUCCAGGUAGUUUCAAUAUUCCAUGUUCUAUAGGGGGCUCAAUCGAAACAAAAGCUUUAUGUGAUUUAGGGGCAAGUGUGAAUCUAAUGCCUCUAUCUAUUUUUCGAAGGCUAAAAUUGGGAGAAGCUCGCCCUACAACGGUUUCCUUACAGAUGGCUGAUCGCUCCAUUAAACAUCCUCGUGGAGUGAUAGAGGAUGUCUUGGUGAAGGUGGCAACUGAAAUUCCUACAUGUUGCAGAGUUGAUGUGGAGAAUGAUUGUCAAGAAUCAAUUGGUAAAAAGAAGAAGAAGACCAAAGAACGAUUUCGAACAGUUCGACGUCGUAUGAAAAGAUUAUUGUGUGGCAAGUUUGAAGGUUUCGAUGACAUUGGGGAUAAUUUCAAUAUUCUCAACAGUAGAAGGGAGUUUUCCUCGUAUGACACGAUGGCUCUCAAGGAUGCAAGGGGUGGACUUGACCCAAGUUGA